AUGGCCGCUCCUUCAGAGCAAAGAAUCGCGGUUCCAAUCGACGACCCCAACGCUGAUACUGAAUGGAAUGACAUUCUGCGCAAACAUGGCGUUAUCCCCGAGAAGCCACCCAGUCCGACUCCUAUGAUUGAAGAGGCCAUCCUCGAGGCCAGGAGACUUGCGCACGAGAACCGACUGGAGGGGAAAGACUUGGACGAGCUCGACGAGCUAGAAGACGAAGAAGAUGACGACUUUCUGGAACAGUAUCGCCAGAAGCGCAUGGCAGAACUGAGCAAACUACAGAAGAAGUCCAUCCACGGCUCCGUAUACCCCAUAUCCAAGCCCGACUACCAGCGUGAAAUCACGGAGGCUUCCAAUAACGGCCCCGUCUUCGUCAACCUCACAUCCAUCGCAGGCAAUGUGGAAUCAAGGGUUCUAUCAGAGCUCUGGAGGCAAGCUGCAAAGGAGUACGGCGACAUCAAGUUUUGCGAAAUUCGAGCAAGCCAGGCCAUUGAAAACUACCCGGACCGAAACUGCCCUACAAUAUUGGUGUACAAUAAGGGAGACAUUGUAAAGCAGAUUGUGACCCUCAUGACCCUGGCUGGUGCUCGGACCAACAUGAGACAGAUUGACGACCUGCUUGUUGAAGUUGGUGCUGUGCCAGAUUCCGAUAUGCGAGUGGUCAAGAGGAGGAGAGCAGCGGAGGAUGCUGAAGAGGAGCGAUUGGCCAGCAAGACCAUCAAAACAAGCAAUGCUGGGAGAGCGCGGGUUGACAGCGACGACGACGAUUGGGACUGA